AUGGCUUCACGGACUUUAACUUUUGUGACAGGCAAUGUUAAAAAAUUAGAAGAAGUAAGAGCUAUUCUGGGUAGCACUUUUCCAAUAGAAGUUGUAAAUUAUAAAUUAGACCUACCAGAGUUACAAGGCGAAAUAGACGAAAUUUCAAUUAAAAAAUGUCAAGAGGCAGCUCGACAAUUAAAGAGACCGGUCUUUAUUGAAGAUACUAGCCUCUGCUUUAAUGCAUUGAAAGGCUUACCUGGACCAUACAUAAAAUGGUUUUUAGAUAAAUUGGAACCUGAAGGAUUAAACACACUUUUGACUGGAUGGGAAGAUAAGUCUGCAGAGGCAGUUUGUACAUUUGCAUAUAGUUCAGGGCAUAACAAUGAAGUACUGCUUUUCCAAGGAAUAACAAAAGGUACAAUAGUACCUCCUAGAGGUUCUAGAGAUUUUGGUUGGGAUUGUAUAUUUCAACCUAUUGGUUAUGAUAGAACAUAUGGUGAAUUAAGAAAAGAAGAAAAGAAUAAAAUAUCUCAUAGGUACAAAGCUUUAGAUAAGUUAAGAAGUUAUUUCAUUGAGAAGAGUGGACAAUUC